AUGAAUAGGAUUAUCAAGAUCUGUUUGUGGCAAUCGUGUACGGCAGCUGUGGAUAAUACCGGUGCGCCCGUCGACGUCAUCACGGCGUGCAUAUUGGGUGGACUCCGGGCCGCGUGGAGAAGCAGUUCCAGUUCCACCUCUACGGGUAUGUCCGCCGAAGUGUCGUUCACUAAAAGGGCGGCCGCGGAGCUCAGCCGGUGCUUCAAUGGCAUCGCUGUCCGCCAGAGUAAGUCCAAACCACCGCAGCCUCAGAGCUCGACCACCGGCGCCCCCACCACAGCCACCGUCGUCGACCCCUCGGCUACCAGUGCUUCCAACAACAAACACCAGCCGGAGCUCAAACCCCUGUGCGACGAGUCCUCGCAAUUGAUUAGUUGUGAUAAUCAUAAACACGGAAAACAUGUUAACAAUUGGUAUAAUCGCAGCAAUAAUCACAAUAACAACAGUACGCCCACCAAAGUACCGGCCCUUUUGGGCACACCUAACGGCACACCCCGUAGACGGGGGUCGAGGAAUGGCGAUCCGCCCCCACAGGCGCCGCCUAAGACGUGGAGGGCCAGGAGGAAAAACUAUUUGCUUAACGUACAAAGGGCCAAAUACCUGGAUGAAUUGUGGACCGAUUGUAAAUUUUUGAUGAAAUUUUUUACAUAUUUUAUGCCAUUGGAACGGUGUGUACUAGCACAGGUAUGCAAAACGUGGGAAACCCUGCUAUACAGUGACCAACGCUUUUGGAAGCACUUAAUGCCAGUUAUAUUGUGUACUGAACUGAGACGCGAGAAAUCGUUGACAACUCUACCGGAUUCGAGCGGUACUACCGAAGUGGACGGACAGGACAUCCGGACCCUAACAGCCAGUGCUGACCAGACGGUCGAGGAGAUCAAAGCCAACCUAUACUACAGUAUAGACGUGCGGGGGUUCGACAGCAUCUGUAUGUUCGGCGCGUCGGACGGGGAUGUCGUGGACUUCACGUCCAGAACGCGGCCAACACUACUGAAUCGGUUGACGUCCGCAGCCCUCAGGAACUCGUCGGUCAGCGAUAAGGGACUGGAGGUGUUUCUGGCCUCCCUGUCCAACAGUCUACUUAAGUUAGAGUUAUCGGGCUGUAAUGAGAUAACAGACACAGUCUUAUGGGCCGGUUUGGUACCUAAACUUGAGAUCUUGAUUAUAAUGGACUGCAUUAAUAUAUCCGACGAGACUAUUGCAGCCAUAUGUCAAAUGUUACCCAGCUUGAAAAAAUUGCAAAUCCAGGCAUAUCACGUCACCGACACGUCCAUGGCGUAUUUUGGCAGCACAUUAGCCAGGGAAAAUUUACGAGUGUUAAUGUUGCACCACUGCUGGGAGCUGUCUAACCAGGGUGUAGCUAAUCUGGCCCAUGGUUUGCCUAAUUUGCAUACACUGUCGUUGUCCGGCUGUUCCAAAGUAAGCGAUGAUGCGAUCGAAGUGAUCGCCGAACAGGUGCGAGGACUCCGGUAUUUGGACCUCUCGUGGUGUCCCCGAGUCAGCGACGCCGCCCUCGAGUACAUCGCCUGCGACCUGUCCGACACACUCACCCAUCUUAUACUCGACCGGUGUUUACACAUAACAUGCAUCGGAAUGGGAUACGUGGCCACAAUGACACGUCUCUGCCAUUUGUCACUCCGAUGGUGUCCACAGGUGCGGGACUUUGGUCUACAAACCCUGUGCUCCAUGCGAUCCCUUAGAAGUCUGUCCAUUGCCGGCUGUCCACAGUUGACAAUCGGCGGACUCUCAUGUUUAGUACAAAUGCAAAACCUUCAGGAACUGGAGCUGACUAACUGUCCGGCGGCUACCAGAGAGCUCAUCAAUUAUUUGCGGGAUAACUUGCCACAGCACUGCAUCAUUACCUUAUAAACUCACCAUGUAUAAUACUGACGAAUUAACCAGAUCAUUGCAUUUUUGACAAAUAUUGAUUAAAGAAAAUGGAUGUCAAAAAUAUUAUGAUUAUAAACAUUGACCUGUUUAUUAAUAAAAGUGCGAG